AUGACACUAGUCCGGUUUUUGAUGAAGCUCAGCCAUGAGACAUUCACCAUUGAACUUAAGAAUGGCACCCAGGUCCAGGGCACUAUCACAGGAGUUGAUGUGAGCAUGAACACCCACCUUAAAGCUGUGAAAAUGACCCUAAAAAACAGGGAGCCCACUCAGCUGGAAUCGCUGAGUAUCCGUGGCAACAACAUCCUCUACUUCAUUCUUCCUGACAGCCUCCCUCUGGUCAUUUUGCUGGUUGGCAUCGAGCCAAAAGUCACGUCCAAGAAGAGGGAAGCAGUGGCUGGACGGGAACGUGGCAAAGGACUAGGUCGAGGCCGGGGGGCCCCAGGAGAUGAUCACCAGCAGAAGAGACUGCGCUAA